GUCAGCAGUGUCAGCUGUCAAAACAAAAUGGAAGUUGUUGUGGUUAUUGCAAUUUGUUAGUUUUUUUACCACAUUGAAAGGAAACCAAUAUAUUUAGGAAAAUGGCUGGAAUGUCGGCUGCAAAUGCAGCUCCCAUUACAGCUACUGACAGUUUAUCACAAGCGCUGAAGGCUAAUAUAAUUCCUAAUCAAGAAUACCUUUUACAGGGUUCUGUGUUGGAUUCGGCUGUAGAAGUUUUGCUUCAUCGUCUUCGAGGUUUGUGUGAUAACGUUGAUGCUGGUCCGGAAACAUUUGAUGAUCAAGAAGUUUGUUUUAGCUUGCGUGACCCUAACCAACAGGCUGCACCAUUAAUGUUGAGAGUAAGGAAAGCCCUGGACUACCGAGACAUGCCAUUUCAACUUCGUUACAUUGGACAGCCGGAUCUGGGAGACAAAAAUAGGCCCACAGUAGUGCGAUCAAGCUUGGAUAUAGCUUGCAGUGGAAUGCUCAUAGAUUUUCUCAAUGAACUAGGGUGCAGGAUUGAAUUUGAAUAUAGUGUCAAAGGUUACAUGUUCAGAAAAGGUCGCAUGAAGAUAACAGUUGCAAAGGUUUUCAAGAUAUCCCAGGGGUCAAUGCCCCCAGAGCCUAUAUCUCAGAGUUAUCUGGUGGAAUUAUCAGUGCUGGCGCCUCAAGGGCAAGACGCGAUUGCAGAGGAUAUGCGAGCAUUCGCAGACCAGCUACGUCCCCUCGUUCAACUUGAUAAGAUUGACUACAAGAGGCUCGGACAUAUGGGCGUCACAUAGCCCAUGUUCCUCACUUAGGCUGGCCUCACACCGACCGACGCGGACUACGGUACCUCAUCGUGGACCCAAUAGGUUGGUGUGAAGACAGCCUUAGUUGUGCAACUGCACGUUACUGGAUGAACUGGACUUUUAAUUUACCAAGCAAUAUUAUAUCAAUACCAUAGACAUAAAGUGCUGCAUAGUUUGAUAAACAUGAUAUGGUGUGUUACUUACAUACUUUGAUAACUUUUAUUUUUUUUAUAAUGGCAACUUGGAAAUGUGUUGUUAACCAGUGAUUCUUUUACUAGAGAGGUCCAGUACCCGGCUAUAAAUAUUGCAUAUCGACUUUGGGGAAGAGAAAAAUUUUAUGUGAAAAGUAAUUUUAUGUGUUAAUUUGAACUAAUUAAUGUUUAUAAAGUAUAUUCAUCUUUUUAAACUUUACCUGUCCUGCUGAAUACAAUAUUUCUUAAUUAUUUUUUGUCUGAUAAGUUAACUGCAUGUCAAUGUCUAACUCCGUGCAAUUAGGUAUUUAUCUACAUGUUUGAUAAUAAUUAGCAGCCAAUGUAAAGAAUAAUAGUAACACAAAUGUAUCGACCGAUAAUUAAUAUUUACAUAUUUAAUCUGUUCCCUAAGCAAUAACAAUUUGUAAUAAGUAAUCAUUAUGAACAACUCUAAUAGGUUCAAUAGUUAAGCUAAACAAAAUGAAUAAUUUUAGGCUGACAUACUUGUGUGUGUAUCUUUCUCCAUACAGAGAUGAUAACAAAAAAAAAUAGAUUCAGAUUCAACUUUACGUUGUAUGUAUACUAGGU